GCCCGGCGUGCUGCUGCCCGUCUGGCAGCCCGACGACCCCUCCUUGGGCGACAAAGCGGCGCGCGCCGUCGUCUACUUCGUGGCCAUGAUGUACAUGUUCCUGGGCGUCUCCAUCAUCGCCGACCGCUUCAUGGCUUCCAUCGAGGUCAUCACCUCCAAGGAGAAGGAGAUCACCAUCACCAAGGCCAACGGCGAGACCAGCAUCGGCACGGUGCGCAUCUGGAACGAGACGGUGUCCAACCUGACGCUGAUGGCGCUGGGCUCGUCGGCGCCGGAGAUCCUGCUGUCGGUGAUCGAGGUGUGCGGCCACAACUUCCAGGCGGGGGAGUUGGGCCCCGGCACCAUCGUGGGCAGCGCCGCCUUCAACAUGUUCGUGGUGAUCGCCGUCUGCGUCUACGUCAUCCCCAGCGGGGAGAGCCGCCGCAUCAAGCACCUGCGCGUCUUCUUCGUCACGGCCGCGUGGAGCAUCUUCGCCUACAUCUGGCUCUACCUCAUCCUGGCCGUCAUCUCCCCCGGCGUGGUGCAGGUGUGGGAGGCGCUGCUCACCCUCAUCUUCUUCCCGGUCUGCGUGGUCUUCGCCUGGGCUGCCGACAAGCGGCUGCUCUUCUACAAGUACGUCUACAAGCGCUACCGCGCCGACCCGCGCAGCGGCAUCAUCAUCGGCACCGAGGCGGAGCUGCCCAAAGGCAUCGAGAUGGACGGCGGCUUCCAGCCCUCCGAGCGCCGCGAGGCCGAAGGCUCCGCCGUCACCGGCUCCGCUUCGCCCGCCCUCCCCGCCAGCGCCGAGGAGAAGGAGCUGGACGAGAGCCGGCGGGAGGUGAUCCAGAUCCUGAAGGACCUGAAGCAGAAGCACCCCGAGCGCGAGCUGGAGCAGCUGGUGGACAUGGCCAACUACUACGCGCUGCUGCACCAGCAGAAGAGCCGCGCCUUCUACCGCAUCCAGGCCACGAGGAUGAUGACGGGCGCCGGCAACGUCCUGAAGAAGCACGUGGCCGAGUUCUCCAAGCGCUCCUCGGCGCUGCUGGAGGUGCCGUCGGACGCCGAGGAGGAGGCGUGCAGCCGCAUCUUCUUCGAGCCCUGCCUCUACCACUGCCUGGAGAACUGCGGCGCCGUCACGCUGUCGGUGGCCUGCCAGCACGGCACGGAGCUCAACCACACCUUCUACGUGGACUACAAGACGGAGGACGGCUCGGCCAAGGCGGGCUCGGACUACGAGUACAGCGAGGGAACGCUGAUCUUCAAGCCGGGGGAGACGCAGAAGGAGCUGAAGAUCGGCAUCAUCGACGACGACAUCUUCGAGGAGGACGAGCACUUCUUCGUGCGGCUGCUCAACCUGCGCGUGGGCGACGCCGAGGGGAUGUUCGAGGCCGACUCGGCUGAGCACCCCAAGGGCCGCCUGGUGGCACCGCUGGUGGCCACCGUCACCAUCCUGGACGACGACCACGCCGGCAUCUUCUCCUUCCAGGAGCGCGUGGUGCACGUCAGCGAGUGCCAGGGCGCCGUGGAGGUGACGGUGGUGCGCA